AUGAGUAUUUCAACAAGCGGCAAUACCACCGUCGCGACAGAAGAUUGCUUGGCGUGUAAAUACCAACGUCGGAGGUGCCCUGCCGAUUGCUCUUUUGCCCCGAAUUUCCCCCACGAUCGCGAACAACAGUUCAAGAACAUGCAUAAAUUGUUUGGGAUGGCCAAUGUUAUAAAGCUCAUUAGAACCCUAAAAGAUCCUUCGAAGAAAGACAUUGCGAUGCGAACGAUCGUCGUUGAAUCGGAUAUGCGAGCUAGAGACCCCGUCGGUGGCUGUUAUCGGAUCAUUCAAGAGCUUCAACAUCAAAUAGAGUGUAAGGAAGCCCAGCUCGACAAGAUUUAUUAUACCAUCGCUAAUUGUAGAGCCCAAAAUGCACAUUGUUUGCAACUGCAAACGCAAAAGAUAGACGAUGGUGAUCAUUGCCAAAUGAUGCACAAGCUGCCACUGAUCGGGUUUGAAACUGAAAAAUGA